AUGUAUUUUUUAUCAUUUUCUCUUCUUUCUUUCUUUCUUUCUUUCUUUCUUUCUUUCUUUAUGCUAAACGUUUUAUUUCAUUUUCCCCUACGUUCUUUCUUUCUUUCUUUCUUUCUUUCUUUCUUUCUUUACGCUAAAUAUUUCUUAUCAUUUUUCUUGCGUUCUUUUUUCUUUACACUAACGUUUUAUUUUAUUUUCCCCUACGUUCUUUCUUUCUUUCUUUACGCUAAAUAUUUCUUAUCAUUUUUCUUGCGUUCUUUUUUCUUUACACUAAGUAUUUUUUAUCAUUUCUCUUCUUUCUUUCUUUCUUUCUUUCUUUCUUUCUUUCUGCUAAACUUUUUAUUUCAUUUUCCCCGUUCGUUCUUUCUUUCUUUCUUUCUUUCUUUCUUUACGCUAAAUAUUACUUAUCAUUUUUCUUACGUUCUCUCUUUCUUUCUCAAUUAUUUUGUUUCUUUAUUUCCUUCUUUCUUUAAUGCAUUUUCAACAUUUCUAUCUAUCUAUCUAUCUAUCUAUCUAUCUAUCUAUCUAUCUAUCUAUCUUUUUGUGCUAGCAUCUUAUGACAAGAAAGGUGUACGAGGUUUCUUGAGGUCACCGAAUGUCUGGUAA